GGUCAUUGGACAUUGAGAAACAGUCGUAUUAUUGGGUAACUUGUCAUACUGAAACCGCUGGCUUUCCUACUGCGGCAUUUUAAAAAUCAUUCGGCUUUGUUUGCAUUGCAAGUAUGUUGGUGGAUUUCGAAAAGCUGCGGAUGACAGGCGCGGGGAAAGCCAUCGCUGUCCUCACCAGCGGUGGGGAUGCACAAGGAAUGAAUGCAGCUGUACGAGCUGUUACACGGAUGGGUAUAUAUGUUGGAGCCAAGGUCUACCUAAUCUAUGAGGGUUAUCAAGGUCUUGUGGAUGGAGGUGACAACAUCAAGCUCGCCAACUGGCAAAGUGUGACCAACAUUAUUCAGCUGGGUGGUACAGUGAUUGGCAGUGCCCGCUGUAAGGCUUUUACCACGCGUGAUGGGCGCUUGGCAGCUGCCUUCCACUUGGUCCAGCGUGGUAUUACCAACCUGUGUGUUUGUGGGGGAGAUGGGAGUCUCACAGGGGCCAAUAUCUUCCGCAAUGAGUGGAGUGACCUGUUAGCAGAGCUUGUCAAACAAGGGAGGAUCACAGACUCUCUUGCUCAGCAAUACACACACCUGAACAUUGUGGGCCUUGUCGGAUCCAUUGACAACGACUUCUGUGGGACGGACAUGACCAUUGGUGCAGACUCUGCCUUGCACAGGAUUAUGGAAGUCAUCGAUGCCAUAACUACAACUGCCCAGAGUCACCAGAGAACAUUUGUGUUGGAGGUGAUGGGGAGACACUGCGGGUACCUAGCUGUGGUUUCAGCUCUGGCAUCUGGUGCCGACUGGGUCUUUAUCCCAGAGGCUCCUCCAGAGGAAGGUUGGGAAGACCACAUGUGCGCACGACUAGGGGAGAGUCGCAGCAAGGGCUCCCGGCUCAACGUUGUGAUCAUCGCAGAAGGAGCCAUCGAUAAACACGGCAAACCCAUCACCUCCACCUACGUCAAAGACUUGGUGGUGCAGAGGCUGGGGUAUGACACUCGUGUAACCGUUUUGGGGCAUGUGCAGAGAGGGGGCACACCUUCUGCCUUUGACAGAGUACUGAGCAGCAAAAUGGGAGUGGAGGCAGUUGUUGCGCUGUUGGAAGCUACGCCAGAGACUCCAGCCUGUGUUGUUGGCCUGUCUGGUAACCAGGCGAUGAGACUACCCCUCAUGGAGUGUGUAAACAUGACGAAGGAAGUACAGAAAGCCAUGAAUGAGCAGAGAUUUGAUGAAGCCAUCCAACUACGUGGAAAGAGCUUUGAGAAUAACUGGAACACAUAUAAGCUUUUGGCUCACCAGAAGCCUGCUCAGUCAAAGAGUAACUUCUCCAUGGCGAUUCUGAAUGUGGGGGCUCCUGCGGCAGGUAUGAAUGCAGCAGUAAGGUCAGCAGUGAGAGUGGGGCUUGCCCAAGGUCACAGGGUCUACACCGUCAAUGAUGGUUUUGAGGGCCUGGCCAAGGACGCGAUAACUGAAGUGGACUGGCAUGGUGUCGCUGGAUGGACAGGCCAAGGAGGCUCACUGCUCGGGACUAAACGAACACUUCCUAACUCCUGCAUGGAAAAAAUUGUGGAAAACAUUGGCAAAUAUAGCAUUCAGUCUCUGCUCGUGAUUGGUGGAUUUGAGGCUUAUGAAGGUGUUCUGCAGCUGGUAGAAGCGCGUGGGCGCUAUGAUGAGCUCUGUAUCGCAAUGUGUGUGAUUCCUGCCACCAUAAGUAACAAUGUCCCAGGCACAGAUUUUAGCCUCGGGGCUGACACGGCAGUUAAUGCUGCAAUGGAGAGCUGUGACAAAAUAAAGCAAUCUGCUUCUGGGACCAAGAGGCGUGUCUUUAUAGUGGAGACGAUGGGUGGAUACUGCGGUUACCUAGCAACCACUACUGGCAUUGCUGUGGGAGCAGAUGCAGCCUAUAUUUUUGAGGAACCAUUCAACAUUCAUGAUUUGGAAACCAAUGUGGAGCAUCUUACAGAGAAGAUGAAAAAUGAUAUUCAGAGAGGCUUGGUGCUGAGGAAUGAGAAGUGCCAUAAGCACUAUACAACUGAUUUCAUCCAUAACCUCUAUUCAGCUGAAGGAAAGGGUGUGUUUGACUGCAGGGUUAAUGUCCUUGGUCACUUGCAGCAGGGUGGUGUACCAACACCGUUUGACAGAAAUUUUGGAACCAAACUGGGUGUUAAGUCUGUUCUUUGGCUAACAGAAAAGAUGAAGGACACCUACAGGCAGGGUCGUGUGUUCGCGAACGCUCCCGACACAGCCUGCGUUAUUGGUAUGAACAGGAAAAUUUUGUCUUUCAGUCCUGUGACAGAACUGAAAUCCCACACAGACUUUGAUCAUAGGAUGCCCAAGGAGCAGUGGUGGCUGAACCUGCGGCCCAUGCUGAAAAUGCUCGCCAAGUACCAGACCAGCUUUGAUGAAUAUGUGACUGGAGAAAUCGAGCAUGUGACACGUCGGACGCUCAGCAUGGAAACUGGAUUUUGAAAGCUUUACCCACCACUUCCUUUUGUCUCCAGCAGACGGUGCUAUAACUAAUUGUCAUGCCAUCCUAACACAAUUUACCCUGUACCUCUCCUUCUGUGUAUGAUUCUUGCUUGAUAAUGCUUGCUGUCAUUGCAUAGUCAGUGUUGGCCUACAUUAAUGACAUGAUGUAAUUCAAUAAAUGAAUCCUGCUUGAAGCUUUUGAAUGCAGAUGACAGAAUUUUGCUGAAUUCAGUUCUGUGUAGUACACUGGUUCUUCUGAGAGAAGAGUUAUGAACUACUACUACUCCAAAAAAAAUGAGUAACAUUUGAAGUUGUAUCUGUUAACAGUCUACACCUACUGUGCCUUUGUUAAAUGUUUGUUUUUAGUAUCUUUGUGAUGAAUUUUACUGUCAUAGUUGCCACUUACCAUACAAUCGUAUUAAGGUUUAAUUUAUUAGUAUGUAAUAAGUGAACUGAGUAAUAGUUAUUGCACCGACAUCAGAUCAUACAAUCAGACCAGGUUGAUCCAUGACAGUAUGCGUGAAAUAAAAUGAGGCUGUACGGCGGAGGUUAAAACAAUUUCCGCGUCUGAGAUCUGUCAAGAUUGUGGAACUUUGGUUUCAGAUCCAUUCCUUCAGCAAUCUCAUUACUUUUUAAUCUAAAUCAAAAAUCCUUGUGUGUUUGUUGGUAGAAUCCUGUCAGAUGCUUUUGUUUCUGUUUUCUAUGUGAAGAAGUCAUAAAUGGUUUUGUUAUCAUUACAGUAUGAUCAUUGAAUUAACUUGUAUACCUCUUGGAAAAUCACAUUUCAAUGAAUUCAACAGUUUUAUCACUAAUUAGUCAGUCUGUGUUCUAAUCAGCCCCCAGAGGAUUGUAGUACACAGAGAUGAUGUUAAUAUCUGUAUUUUCUUGUCUUUAUACCUUGCACUGACCUGUAACUGAAUUGCCACUUUUCUGCCGUCCAAGUUUUCUAAUUAACUUGAACCCUGACCCAGGCUUGCAUGCCUGUUAUGAUGUAUUUAUAAGUGUGCAUCUGUGCUAACAUACGGUAUUAAAAUGAUGACUAUU